UUCAAUCCUAGACGAGUUUAGAUGCGCUACAUCUGGCCGUGUCAGCAAUCUUGUCCGGUGCCCGCCGUAGUUACCCACAAACCAUCACCAUGCUGGCUAAAAUUCUGCUGAGUGCUGUCGCUGCCUUCGUCGCGUACAGCUUCAUAUCAACAACCUCGACAAAACGUCGCCAUGCUAUCACAGCAAGGGCGCUUGGCUGUGAGCCUGCUCCAGUCGAGCCCCGGGCAGAUCCAUUCGCACUCAUCAACUUGGUCAAGACUAUGUGGGCUCACGGCAAUAAUCGGAUCCUGGAAUACUUGAAGGGCACUUUCGAAAAAACAUCUACGCAUGCAAAUAGGACGGUAUACACGUACGAGACAGAGUUCUUGGGCGACAAAGUUCUCUUUACUUGCGACCCGAAAAACAUUCAAGCCAUGUUGGCAACGCAAUUCAAGGAUUUCGAGUUGGGCCAGAUUCGAACAGGGUCGUUCAAUCCAUUACUUGGUCACGGCAUCUUUUCGGCUGAUGGGAAGCAAUGGGAGCGCUCCCGCGCUCUUCUGAGACCCCAAUUUUCGCGCGAUCAAGUCAGUGACCUGGACCUAGAGGAACGCCAUGUUCAGAACAUGCUCCAGGCUUUACCUGCCGAAGCUAACGCGUGGUCGAAUGUGAUUGACCUACAGCCGCUCUUCUUUAGACUUACCAUGGACUCCUCAAGCGAAUUCCUGUACGGAGAGAGCACUAACACUCAGCUCUCCGCACUAUCCGAAGAGGCUUCGGCCAAAAACGCCGAAGACACCGCCUUCGUGGACACUUUUGAAGCGUGCCAAAACCAUAUAUCCAUGGCUAUGUUGCUCAAUGAGUUCUAUAAGCUGAUGGAAACGAAGAAGUUCUUGGACAAGUGCCGGCUCUGCCACCGAUACAUAGAUCAGUUCGUCAACAAAGCUAUGAGCCGCAAAGACAGCCGGAAUGGCGUGGAACAAGGCAGGAAAGAAAAGUACGUAUUUCUCGACAGCCUGGCGAGUGAGACCGAUGACUCAGUGGAAAUUCGCAAUCAGCUACUUUCCAUCCUUGUGGCUGGACGCGAUACCACGGCCGCAUGUUUGAGCUUCUUGUUCCUUAUGCUGGCUCAGCAUCCCGAGGUCUUCAGUAAGCUCCGCAUGACCAUUAUAGAAGAAUUUGGCACGUUUGAUUCCCCCAAAGACAUUUCAUUUUCGAGGCUGAAGGCCUGCUCGUAUCUACAGUGGUGCAUAAGCGAGACACUGCGGCUGUAUCCCAGCGUACCCUGGAACUCACGACGAAGCGCCAAGGACACUUCUCUUCCUACCGGGGGCGGCAAGGAUGGUCUGUCACCGAUAUUUGUGCCAAAGGGAGUCGAGACGGUGUACAUAGUGCAAAUAAUGCAGACGCACCGUGAAAUUUGGGGUCCGGACGCAGAAAAUUUUAGGCCUGAGCGAUGGCAAAACCAGAAACACGGGUUCGAAUAUCUACCGUUUAAUGGUGGGCCGCGUAUAUGCCUCGGUCAGCAAUUUGCCUUGACCAAAGCUGGAUAUGUAGUCGUGCGCCUUUUACAACGGUUCGACAAGCUGGAUGGCUCGCCUGGGGCAUCCGAACCCGUCAAGUGGAGUGUAGCCUUAACAGGCAGACCGAAAAAUGGAGUCAAACCACUUGACGUUAGCUACUUCUCGCCGCUAAAGCGCGCGUACAGCCAUAAGAUUAAGAGUCUAAUCCGCUACUACAUUAACCACAUUAUGAAGCUUGAGUUUCUGCCAGCCUUUAAGGCAGCCUUUACGCGAUUAUUUACGGCAGCUAAUAUCUGCUUAGCCUUUUAA